GCAUUUUCGACGUUGACGCGAACGAGUGGGAUGGCACGGAAAUGGCUGGAGGAGAGAAUUACCGGCGGUGGCGACAAUUUCCAAAAGGAAACAUUUCAUCUCGCGGUGAGCCUCGUGGAUCUUGCUCUCCCAAUGUUCAAUAUUGAUAAAAUGCGAUUUCAACUGGUUGGAUCGACGUCGAUGAUGAUCACAGUAAAAUACGUGGAAAUCUUCCCACCAAUCGAGUACCCGACAUUCUUUUGAUGGAGCGAUUCUUGAUUGGAAAGUUCGAAUUUGUCGUCGCUAAGCCCACACCAUCUUGGCUCGGAUCAUGCUUUGCAAAGAGAAUUAACCUCACAAAAAAGAUGCGGAAUGAUGUCAAACUCCUCGAGCUGUCGCCGAUAGAUGCUCAUUUUCUACGUUGCCGCCCAUCUGAUGCUGCUCAGAGUCACAGAAUCAACAAUUCGACCAAGUGGCUGCUAAUGAUGGAUCCUAGGAAUCGGGAAUCGAAACGAGGCUCACACUAAGCCGAAAUAUUAAAUAAUAUUUAUGUUUUUUUCCCUUUUGUCAGAUUUAUUUUUUCAUUUUUCAUGUUCAAUAAACAAAAUUUUUGGCAAUGUUUCUCUUUUUGUAUCAACAUUUAA